CCUCAGUCUCUCUUCCAUUUCGCUUUUCAGCUGGUUGGAGGAAAUCUUGCAGCAUCAGUUGCGCUAAAAAGUAGAAAAAAAAAAACCCUAGGAGUGCAGAGUGCUCACAGGGAAAAACAGAAGCAAAGAAAAGAGGAAGAGAGAAGGGAAAAUCAUUUUUACAGAAUAUUAAUCUCAGUUCUGAUGAUUUCGUGUACAGAAUCAUCUAUUUAUAUUCGUUUCAUUUGAUUUAGAAACAGACAUAUUCUGUGAGGAGGAAGCUCAGAAGCUGUAAUGCAGUAGAACUUUAAUGGCGGAUGAGUAGAACGGCAGUGGAACCUGCUGUCUAGACUUCUAGUUGUAACUAUUAUUUUCUAUUUGGUUUUCCGCGGAUGAGUAGUCUCAGUAUUGAAGUUAUUGAUUUAUCUUCCAUGUUUUGCCAAUCGGGAGUUCCAACGAGUUAGGUUUUCAUAAUUUGCCGACAUAAAAGUGCUUAUUUGGUUUGGAGAUCUGAGAAGCUUCUUGAAGGUGAAAAUUGCAGAAACUUUUUGGCAUUAUAAGGCUUGGUUCAUGUAUGUUCUGAUCUUGGUAACAUUAGCAGCAUCAUGAUAUCUCAACAGAGCAUGGAGAAUGCUAUCAGCACGCAUUGAAUGAAAUGAAGACCAUACAGGAUUCACAGAGCACACCAGAAGUACAAUCCUCAACACAAGUGUCGCAUGAGUCACACAGUGAUCAACAGAAUAAUACAACAGCUGAGGCUCCCACAGCAGACUCAGGCUCAAUAGCCCUUUCAAGCAGUGAUAACAGGAAGGUUUCACGUCAAGAUAUUGAAUUUGUCCAGAAUUUGAUAGAACGGUGCUUACAGUUGUAUAUGAAUAGAGAUGAAGUGGUUAAAACCCUAUUGCAUCGAGCAAAAAUAGAGCCUGGAUUUACCACUCUUGUAUGGCAGAAAUUGGAAGAAGAAAAUGCUGACUUCUUCAGGGCAUAUUACAUUAGGCUAAAGCUGAAAAAACAGAUCAUCCUGUUCAAUCAUUUACUUGAGCAUCAGUACAAUCUGAUGAAGUACUCUGGACCUCCAAAAGUUCCAUUGGCUUCGAUACAGAACGGGAUUCAUCCCAUGCCUGUUAACAACUUACCUAUGGGGUAUCCAGUUCUACAGCCACCUACGAUUCCAGCAACAGGCCAACCUCAUCUUGAUUCCAUGGGCUGUGGGCUAUCCAGCUGCCAUGUGGUUAAUGGAGUCCCCGCCCCAGGCAAUUUUCAUCCCAUUCGAAUGAAUUCUGGGAACGGUACGGUGAUGGAGACUGGUGCAGCUGAAGUUUCCCAUGUUAUCCCUCCAAGUAGUGCCAUGUCAUCCAUGUCAGAGAUGGCUGUGAGUCCUCCAUCAGUUGCAUCUAGUGGUCAUUUUCCCUUCACGCCAUCAGAGAUGUCAGGAAUGGGUGUGGAGGCUUCAGCAUUGGAAAGUGCGUUUACAUCCGAUGUCACGAGUUCAGUAGGGUUGCAACUAGGACCAGAUGCUGGAGUUGGAAAUUCUAGGGAUUGCCUUCGAUCAUUGGCUCAGAUCCCUUGGAAUUUCAGUCUUUCAGAUCUUACAGCAGAUUUGUCGAACUUGGGAGAUCUUGGGCCUCUGGAUAAUUAUCCUGGCUCCCCUUUACUGCCAUCAGAUUCAGACAUUUUGCUUGAUUCUCCAGAGCAAGAUGAUAUAGUUGAGGAGUUCUUCGUUGAUCCUGUCCCUGGGCCAUGCUCUCAGUCAGAUGAAGAGAAAUCGUAAAGGCUGCUUAGAAGUGAAGUACAGUUCUCUUAUCACAGAUAAUUUAAUUUCCAGUCAAUAAUUUAGUAGCCUCGAGAAGUCUUCUUUUUGGGUAGGCAAAUGAUUAUGCAUAUUCAUAAAAUAUUAAACAAAUUAGCUAUGUAGCUAUUUGAAUUUGGUCCAUCAGCUUGUCAAUAGGAAGCUGGUCAUUGUUAUAGAUAGAUUUUUGGUGGACAUUCAAUAAUGUUAGUUGAGAAGCGAAAGCUCCUUAGUUUUUACCUCAUAAUAAAUUCAUUUUAUUAACCUGUAAAUCAUCCAUCUUUGUUUUCACUGUUAAGGCCUGUAACUCACUUAUCUAAGUGCUAGAUGAUACAAGGAAAAUUAGUUUGAUUGAACUUUUAAAC